CCAUCCUCACCAACCUUCACUGUCUGCAUGAGAUAGUUCCUGGGGUUGGCUCAGACAGAGAGCUAGGGUUCUUCAGGCCCAGCAUUUUAAUUUCUUUCCAGAGAGAGAGAUCAGAGAGGGUGGGAAAUUUUUGCUCUUCAUUUUCGAUAUGGCAAUUAUGAACAGUCACGCAUGGGCAUUUACCUUUGGCAUCUUAGGUAACAUCAUUUCAUUCAUGGUGUACUUGGCUCCACUGCCGACAUUUUACCGAAUUUUCAGGAAGAAAUCAACUGAAGGUUUCCAAUCGAUACCGUAUCUGGUGGCAUUGUUCAGUGCCAUGCUUUGGCUGUACUACGCGUUACUCAAAAAAGAUGCCGUGCUUCUCAUCACCAUCAACCUAUUUGGAUGUUUCAUAGAGACGAUUUACAUCAGCAUGUUCAUUGCUUACGCCCCAAAGGCUCCCAGGAAUUUGACCCUCAAAUUGUUUGCUUCUAUGAACAUGGGGGUGUUCUCCUUGAUCGUUCUCACUUCACAGUUUCUGGUGAAAAGUUCAUACCGUGUCCAAGUUCUGGGAUGGAUAUGUGUUGUAAUUUCUGUGAGUGUGUUUGCAGCUCCCUUGAGCAUUGUGGCACAGGUAAUUCGAACCAGGAGUGUUGAGUUUAUGCCGAUCAGCCUAUCGUUUUUCCUCACAUUGAGUGCCGUGAUGUGGUUUGGUUAUGGUCUGUUCCUGAAGGACAUUUGCGUUGCACUCCCAAACGUUCUGGGUUUUAUCCUGGGGCUACUUCAGAUGCUGCUGUACGCAAUAUACAGAAACAGUACCAAGAAGGUCAUAGGGGAGAAGAAACUCCCAGAGCACAUAAAAAGCAUCGUGAUCAUAAGCACGCUAGGGACUUCUGAAGUGUACCCGGUCGAUGCUCAGCCAUAUGCUGAUGGUGGUGAUGAUCAUGAUCUGAAAAAAGAUGGCGCGAAAGAAGAGCAUGAAGAACAAAGAGAGGAGCCUGAGAAAAGCAUGGAAAGCCCGGGACCCGAUCUCCAAGCAAUCGAAUGUGCAGUUUAGUUAUUCGCAUGUACUGUCACCAUCUUGUCUCUAGAGCACUGAGAUCAUGAUCUGCCCAAAAAGUGCCUAUCUAUGUCACCUAUAAGCUGCACUUUGUUUUCCUCUCCCUCUCCAUCUCUCUCGCUCGCUUGCUUGCGUAUGUGCAUGGUACGUGAUUGCUGUCAUAUGUGUGAAUCAAGCAACAAUGUUCAUCGUUGUUGAUCUUUAUUCCAGAAAACCUUUGUGAUAUAUGUUGAUGUAAAAAAUCAGGUGGGUCUUGAGUGGCAAAUGGCAAUAACUAUUAGUAUUACCGUUAUUAA